CGGCAGCAGCGAAACAGUUCAAAACUGGAAAGAAAAUAUUGUCGCGUUUCUGUUGAUUUAUUCGCAAAGUGAAGAGCCUAAAGUAGUUAAUAAGCUUUAUCCUACUUCGUCUACAGUAGGAUUGUACCAACAUUUUUGAUGGAUUAACAUGGCUUCAUAGUGGCUUUAUGCAAAAAAUAAAAUAAAAGAGUUAAUGAAUGGUCAAUAAAAGAAAUUCUUACUCCAGUGUAAGGAGAAAAAAAAAAUAAUAGAGAGGAAAAAAAAAAAUUCAAGGCGUAGAACGUAUUUUAAUUUUACGAGUGUAUGCGCGUGUGUAUGUAGAGAAAGAAGAAGAAGUAAAAAGUGGAAAGAGACUUUUCGGUGCAAAAUUUCAAAUUGGAUACAAGUUCAUUACGCCAACAGUCAUCAGAAUUCAGCAGACUAUACACUUCACAAGUGCGACAUCUCGAUGGCGAAGGCAGCACCUAGACAUAACAGCAAUGAACUUCAAACACCAAGCGAGACUGGAACAGAUGAAGUGGAAAAGUCUUUGGAAUUGCUCGAUAAAGUCUUGUCGGAAUUUGAAGAAGAGCAAGACAGUAUACAAGUUGGUGCUGAGCCUGAGAGUCCAUCGCAAGGCCAUCAAUCAGAAGACGAUGGCUACAUGUCCAUGAAUGGAAGAAGAGCAAAAUUUGUACCUGACUUUCUGCCGACUGAGGAGGUUGCAGCAUCUCAUUCCACACUAGCAUCAACAACUACAACAACAACAAUAACGACAGUACAUCCUGGUGAUGUGCCGCAUAAUGAAAAAUUUUCACCUCCCACGCCUGAAGAAGCAGAACGUAUUAUAUCAAAUCUUCUACCACACAUUUCACCAUCAACGACUCAAGGGGAUCUCAACAUUUCAGCGAUGCCUUGUAUUGAAUUCAAAUUUAAUAAUAAUAACAAUAACAUUCUCACAUCAAAUUUAUCAUUCGGCACGAAAUUUUCUUCGAUUGUCGAAUCUGAAGCAUCAUCAACUUUAAAUUCUCUAGUUUCAACAAAUGCUCCACUUCAAACAACGCUGCCUAAAACACGUCCCACAACAGUAUUUCCAUCACGUUAUGCCAGUCUUCCAUCUCACAUACAGAAACCUAUAGAAAAUGAUCAACAGCAACCUGGGAAUAUUUAUAUUGGCAGAGACUUUAUUGGCAUCAGAAUUAAUGACGUUCAUAAUGCUGUGCUAAAGAGUGGAGCACGAAUGCCUGAAACUAUUGUAAAUGAACAUCCUGUGACAAUCUAUCCUGGACCAUUACCACAAAAGCGUGUUCCACCUCGAACGUUGCCCGGCUCAAUCGAGCGACAUCGAGAUGUUUGCCGUAAAAACCCUUCAUCGGAUUUAUCAUCGUCAUCAUCACAAGAACUUAAAUCGCCCAUUAAAGAGCUUACAUCGCCAAUGAAAUCGAAUAAUAAUUGUUUCAUUUUGGAAAAUGAUGAUUUUAUAAAGCGACCAAAAUCCCCAUCGUCCAUUGGAAACUCACCGACUGCCGCAACUCCACUUGGAAUAAAAAUAAGCAUUCAAACGAUGGAUAAUCUAAUGAACAACCGCAAUAUAAUGAAAAUGGAACAGAAAAUGAACAUGAAAAAUAAUAAUAAACGAAAUAGUCAAUUGAGUGAUAACGACAAUGUUGUAGAUGAUGACGAUGAGGAUAAAUUUUCGGAUGAUUCACUAGAGGAUACGAGUUUGCCACCACCUGCACCACCACCAAUUGUUGUGCCACCACCACCUAGUCUCUCAGCUCCUGUAACGCCAAGUAAACGUCACAGUAUCGCAUGGGAAGUUAAUCUAGAUGAUUUAUGUUCAAAUGGCAAUGGCAUUAGCACGAAGGUAAUUGGCAAACGACAAGGCAAUAAAACACCAGGUUCGGAAUCUCAAUCACAGUCGAGUAUUUGCUCAACGCCGGGCCAAAGUUCAGCUAGCAAUAAAAUUUCAAGUGACUGGCCAGACCCGCCUGACAUUCCAAUUUGUAGCACGGAGGAUGAAGCAGCUAGUAUUUAUUCAGACUCAGAAGAUGUGAUUCCACCUGGAACUGAUAUAUCAGAUGGUAAAGCAACUUAUAUAAUAAGAAAAGGACGACGAAGACAAAGAAUUGACGAAUUUGGAUCCGUCUCGAUGUCAUCAAUAAAUUCAAAGUUAAGUAAUGAAGGUUUAUGCGAUGAUGGAAGCAGUAGUAAUGUGGCUUUGAAUGUGCCAAGUCCAAUUUAUCCGCCAUCGAUGAUGAUACCAAAUUCACGUCAUUCUAUUGACCUGGGAGCAUCGCCACGAAAGCAUAUACUUCAUCAACAGCACUAUCAUCAGCCAAAUUUAAUAUCUAAUUCACCAAGAUCACGAUUAUCAUUAGAUUUAAGUUCACCAAACACAAAUAAUACCGUCAUUGACCUCCCCAAGUUGGUAACAACACCAACAUCAUCCACAACAUCUACAACAAUUAAAUCACCAUCUGUCACUAAAAUAACUACACCAACUUCACCUUUGGUUGCUAAUUCUGCUCCAUUUCCAUCCAGAUAUACGGAAUUUAAGACAUAUAGUUCCACAUUCGAUGGACUGCAGGCACUCGAGAGUCAUUCGUCCAAUGGUAAUAAUCUUGUAAAUGGAAAUCGAGUAUCACCGCAAGUGAACAAUAAUACAUCACCCGAUAAUAAUCCACUGAUGCGUGUAUCAUCACUACCUGCAAUACCACCACAGAUUCAAUUAACAGCAGGCGAUUCAACGUCAACCCCACGACGAGAAUUGGCGCCACCAAUCGAAGAAGAUAGUGAAGAGGAUAGCGAUGGAACGAGACAAGCGCCAUUGCGACAGAUAGAAAAUAAUAUUAGCGCCCUGUUGCGUGGUGAAAUAGCUGUAGCGCAAGUUUCAACAGCACGACCUACACGACCGUUAGGAUUUCGGUCCGGCGUUCAUAAAUCAGAAAGUGCCAAAGAGAUGCUUUUAUCGCAACAAUAUUUCGGUCCACUUCCAGCAACGCCACCUUCGUCAAGUCCUGAUGAAUUUCCGCCUUUACCGCACACACCACCAUCACCUGAUGAUCCAAUGAUAGCACAUGGCAUACAGAAUAUAUCAAUUGCAUCACGUGGACGAAUAAAGUCAUCAGAACAUGGAUAUCGUAAAGAGCAUCGAGCACCUGCUGUUCCACCACAUGCACCACCUCAUUCAUAUGAAUUAAAGACUCGAUCAAUGGAUGCUGGAUUUAGUAAAUCAUAUAGAAAUGGCUCAUUGCCAAUGUCAUCACCACAUUCACCCGGACGAACUUUACCCCCAGAUUUACCAUCUAAUACAUCGUCAUCAUCGCGUCGACGUUUGGCAAGUAGUGGCUUUCCAAAACGCUCUGCACAAAGUCCGCGCGAAGAGAGACGUCUACAGACAUCAUGCAGCUUACCAGAAACGCCUAUUUUUACGAGAGGAUGUGAUAUACCACGUGGUACACCCCAUAGAAGAGCAGCUCCUGAUCCACCUGGAUCAUGCGGUUCAAGUCGAACAAAUCCUCGUCAAAAUAGCUUAAACACUUCAUCUAUUGUGGGCAUCGGAUGCACGACACUUGGAAGUACAGGACGACCACAUCGAAGCAUUAAUCACGCAUUACAAGCAAAUGGUGAACUUAUGAGAUUGCAAGGAUUGCCAGCACGAGGCUGGUAUCCAAAACAAAGGCACACAAGAACGACUGCAUCAACAGAACAUUUAGAUAGACUGCAUCAAGGAUCAAUGAGAGCAUGGGAAAUGAAUACUGGUGGUAAACGAAAGCCAACAACUCUACCGCCCAAUAUGACACCACCAAAAUUCUUUAAUAAAUCACCGCGUGAAGCACUCAGACGUGUCACAAGUUUACUAAUCAAUCGUAAAGGCAAUUCAUCGUCAAAGGAAAAAGAAAAGGAAAAGGAAAAAGAAAGCAGCAAGCGAGAGAAACUUAAAGAAAGAGAUGAAAUGUUUGUUCCAGUUACAUCACACGUUGUUCAUCGGUCGCCCAGAUCACUCGGUGACAUAGAGCCACCAGCACCUCCGCCCAAGAAGAAGGGAUUCUUUAAAAGCUUUUGGAAAAAAUCACGUCAUUAUUCGUUGGAACAGAAUUAAAUCAUGAUUCACGCAUAUGUGCUUGGUUUAUAUUUUAAAAAAAAAUUGUCAUGACUUAAGGAACCAUCAAGAAGUUUCCAAAUUAUUUCGAUAACCAUAAAUGCAAAAAAAAAAUAUAUAAGUUUUUAUUAAAUGUAAGUAGUCGCCAGAUGAUGGCAGCAUAGAAAGAAGAAAUGAGAUGAUAAAUUUUAUGAAUGUCUUGUAGGCUGUUUAUUUAUCAAUUCAUGAUGAAAUUUUAGUUGUUUUUGUUUGUUUGAAUAAUUUUUAAUCCAUUAAUUGAAUGACAUCGAUACAGUUAUGUCAUAUCCCAGUGACUCUACACGAGCAAUGGGCUGAAUAUUUUAUUUUUAUGUACUUUCUUAUGUAAAUUUUUGUAUAAAAUGAAAUUUAAAACUGCAAAGAAUUUGAAGAUGAUUGAAAUUGUGUAAUUAGUGCUGUAUAAGCUUGUGUAGGCUACGCAACAUUCAUCCUACGAUAGAAUGACUCAAAUGCCAGGGAUAAUGGUCAGAGAUAUCUGAUGCAAACAAACCGCAGAGCCACGUCUGCUCACUAAUAUGAGUAAUUAGUCAUCAUCAAUCAUGUCCGCAGCCAACACGAUAUAAACAGUUUGUGUGAGGCAAACAUACCCAAAGUCUAUGCUAAAUUGACUGUCAAAAUGUACUUUAUGGGUAUUAAAUACAUAACUCUAGAUUGUUGGGCUUCUGAAGUUGCUUGGACGUGGAAUUAGAAGGAGUGCAAUCAAUAGUAUAGUUGAGUAGAUUGCUGACUCAGUUGGAGUGG